AUGUCCACAUCUACGAGAAAUUGCCAGAAGUGUCUGGUACCAGUUCUACGAGCUAGUCAAUUAUCAGACGACUAUAUAUCCCUGAAGGGUAAUGAGAUUCAAGCUAUUUCAAGAACCUCUCUAAGACCUAUUGGAAUUAUUGUACCUACAGCUGGCACUUGUCAAGUUCUCGAUCCCGUCCAAAAUGGUAUCUGGAAGAUCGAAGGUUUUCAUCCGGGUAGUAUAGCUACACUGACCUGUAAUGAAGGGUAUACCCUGAUCGGAAGUGACGUCAAUACACAGAAGAUUUGUAAAGACGAUGGUGAUUGGGUGGGAGAAGAUAAUAAAUGUAUUUCAAAUGCCGAGGCGGCCGCCAUUGCACAAGGAGGUCUACCGUUCCUAAUAAUUGUAAUAACGCUGGUACUGUGUGCUCUGUUAUUGGCCACCAUUGUGUUAGUGAUAGUUAUAUUGGUUUACAGACGACGAAAACAAGGGGUGGAAGAUUCCUCUCCAGGACUGGAACCUAAAAUUAGUUUUGGUGCCUUGGAUAAACCAUUGACAGGCCAUGCUGUAGAAGUUCAACCAGAAUUGGGAAACCUGGAACCACGUGUUGUCGAUCAGAGGGCGUAUUUCAUGCAAUAUGGUCAAUUACCGCCAAGACGAUUUCUACCCAUGGAGCCACAGAGACGUUUAAUACCAGUACCAGAAGAAGAUGGCGAUGCGGAACUGACGUCACCAGAUGGAACACAUUACGUCAUCGAUCCAUCAGAUAUAGAUAUGGAAAAUAGCUUACAAGACUGGAGCCAGGCGUAUGGUCCUUUAAUACCUCCAGAACCCAAGAGCAAAAAUGAUUGUAAAUAGCGAAGUUUUUGGACCAAUAAACCCAACGCUGGUUGCUGGAACAUGGAACAUAUUGUCGAUCAGAUAGUAAAACUAUGUACGAACUGGUCAUAACGGAUUGCAAAUCGUUAAUAUUCCCCUCUCUCUACCCUCGAUUCGUGAUACAGAAUAUUGUGAUACUGAAACAAGGCAAAGUGCACUACGUAAUUUUCAACAGAUCCAGUAACAGUUUAUUAGUGGCAAGUGCGAAUAGACACGCUGUCCUGUGUGGGAUUAUUGAAACAGUACAAUAUAGAAGAAUCUAAUACGGAUUCGGAUUUUUGCUUAUG